CCGACUGUCCUCCGGCAGCCGCCGUCGGCCGCGGCGUCGUCACGUGAUCUAAACACUGGGGCGGGGCGAGGCUGCCGCUUCCGGUCCGGAUCCGCCGCGACGCGAAGCAGCCCCCGCCAUGGAGUGCACGGCGCUGGAGAGCCUGGUGGAGAUGGGCUUCCCCCCCGGCAGAGCGGAGAAGGCGCUGGCGCUGACGGGGAACCAGGGCAUUGAGCAGGCCAUGGACUGGCUUGUGGAGCAUGAGAAUGACCCCGACGUGGACGACCCCUACGUGCCGCCCCAGGGCCUCGUCCUGGGCACAGGAGAGCCCUCCGAGGGAGGCGCCCCCCCCACCCCACUCGAGGAGCCAGACCCGGAGGCAGAGGGUUCCCCCGAGGGGGGCAGCCGGCAGCCCCUGAGUGAGGAGGAGAAGCGGGAGCAGACCAAGAGGAUGAUGGAGCUGAUUGCCCAGAAGCAGCGGGAGCGCGAGGAGCGGGAGCGGCGGGAGACAGUGGAGCGGGAGCGGCUGCGACGCCGGCAGGGCCAGGAGCUCUCGGCCAUCCGCCAGCGGCUGCAGGAGGACGAGAUGCGCAAGGCGGCAGAGGACCGGCGCCGCGAGAAGAUGGAGGAGCAGCUGGCCCGGCAGCGGGUGCGUGAGAAGAUAGAGAGGGACAAAGCUGAGCGAGCCAAGAAGUUCGGAGGUGGCAGCGCUCAGGCACCCGCAGAGCCAGUCCCUGCCCCUGCCCCCGCCCCAGCACCCACCCCAGUCCCCAGCCAGGAGCUGCCCACCAAGAGGGAGUAUGACCAGUGCCGGAUACAGGUGCGGCUGCUGGACGGGACGUCGCUGACACAGACGUUCCAGGCCAGGGAGCCGCUGGCAGCCGUGCGGCUGUACGUGGAGCUGCAGCAGCAGGACGGGGCCGAGCCCUUCCAGCUGCUCACCAGCUUCCCCCGCCGCGUUUUCACCGAGGAGGACAUGGAGAAGCCCCUCCAGGAGCUGGGCCUGGUGCCUUCCGCCGUGCUCAUCGUGGCCAAGAAGGGCAGCAGCUGAAAGACCCCCUCCUUGCCUGCCUCUUCUGCCAUGGAUAGCGCCCCCGCCAGCCCCCAAGCGCUGCCCCACAGGACUGGGGCUGCCCCAUGGGGCUGUGUUUGGGGGAGGGUCCUGGAUGGGCCCUGCCCAGAGACACAAUAAACCUGGUCUGUUCCAUG